AUGUCAUCAUCACUAGCCAACAACAACUAUACAACAUAUAGUCCAUUGGCAUAUAUAAGCAACGCAAUGUUUGUUGUUACAGGCUUCUCAAAGAUGUUCUGCUUGUACGUGGUGGGCCUGUGGCUCAUCAUUAGUUAUAGCAACGUCCUGGCAUCACCCUACCUGAUCGCACUCUCACCAUUCAUUGGUUAUAUUGGCGGUGUGGCCGUGCGCUCCACUCGCUCACUGACCACCUCGGUGGCCAACUCCACACACCGACUCAACUCAUAUCUGGACAACUGUUGGAGUGCUGCCGACGAUCUGUCCGACGUGGCCUCCAGCGUCAACAACACAGACUUUGCUUCACAGCUGUUUAGUGACAACUGCGUAGACAGCAGUGGUGUCGGCAUCAUUGCUGACGACAACGACGUCACCUUUUCCAACACCGUACGCACCAAGCAGUACUUCCCAGCUCAGCUGCAUGACGACCAAGAGUAUGUCAAUGCCACAAGAAUGCAAAUGUAUGUCGCACGUACCUACCGUGACGUGUGUGCACAACAACCAAUCUCGUACUAUGAUUACGAGAACCAUCAGAUUACAUGGAACACACCAGAUAAAUACGAGAUUGUACAUAAGGUUGGAAGAGGCAAAUAUAGUGACGUGUACUAUGGCGUCAACUCGGAGAAUGAGGAGAACAUUGUUGUAAAGAUCCUAAAGCCAGUUCAACAUCAGAAGAUACAGCGUGAGAUCAAGAUUCUGGAAGUGCUGCGGGAUGGCCCAAACAUCAUCCCACUGCUGGACACUGUAAAGGACGCCGAGUCGGGCACAAUGAGUUUGGUGUUCCCAUACUGCCAGAACAUAGACAUUAGAGAGCUGGUCAACUAUCUCAACGACACCGACCUUAGAUUCUACAUGUUUGAGCUGCUGCGGGCCAUCGACUAUACACACUCCAAGGGCAUCAUGCACCGAGACAUCAAGCCACACAACAUCGCCAUCGAUCAUUCACGCAAGAAGCUCUAUCUGCUGGACUGGGGUCUGGCCGAGUUCUACCAUCCACACAAGCAGUACAACGUCAAGGUGGCAUCCCGUCACUACAAGCCACCCGAACUGUUGGUCAACAUGCACGAUUACGAUUACAGUUUAGAUAUGUGGAGUGUUGGUUGUGUAUUCGCUGGAUUAAUAUUGAAUAAGGAUCCGUUCUUUGAUGGAAGCAACAAUGACGAUCAACUUGUAAAGAUAGUGAAGGUGUUGGGAAGCGAUGACUUCUUUAGAUAUAUUGAUAGGUACGGCCUGCAAGUCAGUUCGGACAUUGUAAACAAAGUUAAACAUUACGAGAGAAGACCAUUUGAGAACUAUAUACCAUUCGAGAACGAUGACAUUGCUCAUCCACUGGCCAUCGACUUAUUAAGCAAGCUACUGCGUUACGACCCUGAGGAGAGACUGACAGCCAAAGAGGCCAUGAGCCAUCCUUACUUUUCAAUGUAUAAUGGAAGCGGAGUUGUGGCAUCAUCUGCCGUCACUGCCGAUGUGGAUGACAAGCAGCAUCCACAAUAA